UGGUGGCGCUGGGCCAUUGUUUUGGAGCGGUUUCUGGCCCUGAAAUCUAGCGAUGUCGCGCCACCCGAGCUGAUAGAUCGGAUCCGUAAGCUAAUGAAAAAAGGCGACCUCGAUGCCCGAGAGAUCAAUGAGGUUGAGGAGAAUUCCCCGCUCGGAAAAGUGCUCGCUGCAGGCCUGCGUAAUCCCAACCAGCACCGCGUGGUGAUCAAAGAAGCGAUUGAAGAGGCCGGCCGUCAUGUUGUGCACGAUCUUGAGCGACAUCUGACCACGCUGGGUACAAUUGCCAACAUCACACCACUUCUUGGUCUGCUGGGCACCGUCAUCGGUAUGAUCAAAGUGUUUUCGGCUAUUACUACUUUUGGCGUAGGUGACCCACAGGCGCUGGCAGAGGGUAUAUCAGAGGCCCUUGUAACCACUGCAGCCGGGCUAUCAGUGGGUAUUCCGAGCCUGAUGUUUUACCGGUUUUUCAAAGGCAAAGUGAACGAGCUCACCGUCGAUAUGGAGCAGCAGGCGCUUAAAUUCAUGAAAAUUCUGCAAAAAAACGCCUGA